GAACACGCGCGUGCGUGGUUGGUUGCCUAAAUGCCUAAAAUAGAUCAGAUGGUGCACCUUUACCAAGCAAGUUAUCAGUGACUGUGACCGUUAAGACAUCAAAACCAACGCAAAUUGUACUUCAUUACCAAAAAAGCCGUCAAAAUGAACGACGAUCCGGUUAUGGCCACAAACGACGACGCCAGCGAAUGCAAGAGGGGCGCAGUGGAACUCGGCUAUUGGCAAGACAGCUACAUCCCAUUUUUCGUCCGUCAAAUCGAGAAACGCGCCCCCGAAAUCAAUCGAGGCUACUAUGCCCGAGUCAAGGGCGUCGAGCGCUUUAUCAAGUUGUUUUUGAAGAAAGCGGGGGCUUCGUCACAAAUCGUGAACUUGGGUGCCGGUUUUGACACCUUGUAUUGGAAACUGAAGGACCAGGGAGUCUACAUAGCCAAUUAUAUUGAAAUUGACUUUCCCACAGUCACUGCACGCAAAUGCUACGCAAUAAAACGGAACAAGCAUCUCCUGGAGCGCAUCCACGAGCAAGACGGCGAGGUCAAGCUGAGCGCCACCGAUUUACAUGCAGGGAACUACCACUGCAUGGGGGCUGAUCUGAGGAACAUAUCACAGGUGGAGUCUAAACUGCAGCAAGCUGAAGUCUGUUUUGCUACCCCCACGCUGUUUAUCGCCGAAUGUGUGUUAGUGUACAUGGAGAAUGAUUGUGUGAAUAGGUUAUUGGCGUGGAUCGCGAGUAAAUUCAAGUCGGCCUUGUUUGUAAACUACGAGAUGUGUAACAUGAAUGAUACGUUCGGGGACGUGAUGUUGGGGAAUUUGAGGGCGCGAGGCUGCAAUUUGGCCGGAAUUUCAUUUUGUAAAAGUCUGGAAACGCAAAAAGGCCGCUUUUUGGAUAAUAACUGGCAGGGGGCUAAGGCCUGGGACAUGGUACAAAUCUACUAUGACUUGCCUGCGUCUGAACGACAGCGAAUCGAGAAAAUUGAGUUUCUAGAUGAACAGGAAUUGCUGAUUCAGCUGUUUCAACAUUACUGCAUUUGUGUGGGGUGGUUAGGGACAGAGUUUGCCGAUGUUAAUUGUAAUGGAGAUUAAUAAUUGAUUUUCCUUUUUGAAUGAAUACUUAAUUUUUUUAUUUAAGAAGCUCUGUGAUAUUUUUGGAAAAGUAUAGCUUUACCUUAAGGCUAGUUUUCACACAAAUGAGCAAAAAAGUGUCAAUCAGUUAAAUCUAAAUUUUUUUAUUAACAAAUAAACAUGUUUGAUGGCUGAAGUGUAUUUUUGUUAUCAUAGGUGUAAUAAAAGUGUAUAUUUGUCCCGUGGUGGCUCGCCUGUAUGGAAACUCAGCAGUAGUAUUUUAUCAUGUAAUGUGACGUGUAUCUCAUUGUAACCAUGUUUGAAAAUUGCUUUUUAUUCAAGAUGUGAUACAUUUUAGUAUUAAUCUCUUGUAAUAAUUUAUUAAAUUUAUUUGUUCAAAUUCGA